AUGGCAAAUUCAACUGCGAACCCUUUUUACACAGAAUUUACUAGUUAUGCUAACCAGUCGUUACUUAAUGACACUUUGACCAAUUUUACAACUACUCCCACUCCUUACCAAUGGAAUUUUCAACGACUGAAAGCCAUGUGUUGUGCCCCUCCGAGAGGAAAUUCAUUUUUGCGUAAAGUGAUGUGUGAUUCCUUCUUUUUCCAAGUCUUUGAUCACAGUAAAGUAGACACGCCGGAGAUUUCGGAGACCUCCAAGACGCUUCUAAUGGUACUGUACUCCAUCAUCAUCUUCGUCUCCCUGGUGGGAAAUAUGAUGGUUCUUAUUACCGUGUGUGGAAACAGAAACAUGCGGUCCGUCACCAAUGUCUUCAUUCUGUCCCUGUCCGUCAGCGACCUUCUCCUGUCGUUAAUUGCCACGCCCAUUAACAUGGGGAAUGUCAUAUCCACGUACUGGAAGUAUGGCGCCUUCGCCUGUAAAAUUGUUCCCUGCAUCACGACAUUUUGUGUGGCCUGCAGCUCGUUGACUUUAUGUUGUAUCGCCUUUGAGAGAUUUUACGCCAUCGUGUACCCUCUGAAAGUGAAGUUUUUCCAAGCUUCCACGAGACUGGUUCCCUUACUGAUCACAGUGUGGGUGACAUCUUUGGUAUCAGGCAUCCCCCAAGUUUUCUAUUUCGAGCUUAUAAAAGUAAAAGACGUUUGCGACAGAAUUGUGGAUGAUAUUUGCACUCUACCUCUCAUUACCAGUAAAACAAUGGAGUUUUUCCAGCUGUGGCUGCCAUUUCUGAUCCUCUUUGUAGCCCCACUUCUAGUUAUGACAAUUCUUUAUUCCAUUAUUAUCGUCAAGUUAUGGGGAAGGAGACCGAUUGGGAUAACUGUGAAAGCUAACGACUCCUAUCGUCUGAAACAGAAAAAACGCGCGAUAAAAAUGCUAGUUACCGUGAUGGUUCUUUUCAUAAUUUGCUGGCUGCCUAUUCAAACAUUCAAUGCUGUAGGAGAGAAGGUAUCCAGCAUGACACCAGAUGCCACUUUGCAGUGGAAGGCUUUUUUGAAGUGUCUGGCUUUGAGUAGCAGUUGUUACAACCCUGUUGUUUAUGCGUUUAUGAAUGAAAACUUCCGAAAAAACUUUGCCAGUCUGUUGCCCUGUAAAAAGCGGAGAAUUGAGCCACUCUCCGUCAGAGAUGUCGACAAGAGGCGAUCCAUAAUGACCAAACCUCAGAAAACAUGGAUCAAGUUUGGAUCCGAAAAUGCGACCAGCAUACCAGGAACUAGAGGAACAAACGAAACUAAGUGUUGAUGUGCCACUUUUAUAACUUUCAUUUCAUGACAAUUCUUAAAAAUAAAUUGAUUUAUACAUUCCUACCACUGAGGAGUAAUUCAAUAGAUAUAUCAGUACAGGGAAGAUUUGUUUAUGUUGCAU